AUGCAUUUGAAACCAGGCGAUUCCCCAUAUUAUGAACGUACUUUAAAGAUCAAGAAUGCUGCCAAUCCACGUGCUCCAGGUUCAGUUGUAUUAUCCAAACCUAGUCAUUUAACCGAAGAUUAUCAAUUGAAAAUUGCCUAUCGUAAAUAUGUAACCACUAGACAGAUUCCUUUCAAUUCACCAAGAAUAAAUUUCUUGUUUUUACAUGGUAAUGGGAUGAAUAAGGGUAUUUGGCAUUAUCAAAUUGAUAAAUUAUUUACCAUGUAUGAAGUUAGUUUCCCAGAUAUGCAUAUUGAUACCGUUAUUGCUGCUGAUCAUGUCAACAUGGGUGAUUCAGCCUUUGUCAAUCGUGGUAAAUUAGGACAUGUAUCUGAUUGGAAUGAUUUUGCCAGAGAUUGUAUUAUGAUUGCAAAAAUCCAUGAAAAAGAAGCAUUUCUUCAUCCUAAUGCAUUUAAUGUUGUUGUGGCACAUUCAAUGGGUGGGUUUAUUGCCAUGCAGAUGACUGCAAAUGAACCAAACUUGUUCCAAUCGUCGAUAUUAAUCAACCCCGUAUGCGUUACGUUCCCUGAGUUACGACACCAUAAUUUGAAGGUGUAUCAGGAUUGGUACCACCGUGACUUUGUAAAGUUUUAUUUUGAUAAUAUCCCUGAGGGUGAAAAUUGGUAUCAUAAGAUCUAUGAACAUUACACCAAUAGAUCUUUUUACAGAAAGUUUCAUCCGGUUGUGUUACGGAAUAUGCUAGAAGAUGAAAUUCCCGAAAUGUAUGACAGAUCGAAAUAUUACCGAACUGUCGAAUUGAAACAUGACGGGUUGGAAGAUUAUAUUAAUUAUUAUAAUUCCGAGGAGUCAAUCACUGCCACCAAGUCAUGCUAUGAACAAAUCAGAGUUCCUACAAAAAUAUUAUGUGGAGAAAAUGAUGCAUUGGCAACUUUUAUUGAUUCACAAAAAGAUCAUGAAUUGAACUUUGCUGAUAUCCAUGUCCUUGAAGGAAAAUAUCAUAAUAUGCAUGCUGAGAGUCCCGAUUUGAUUAUGAGUUUAGUUAAUGACUUUGUUGUAACAUGUUAUAAAGAUCAUCCAAAAGUGACCGAUUUUGAAUAUUAUAAAAAGUAUGGAAGUGAUUAUAAACUGAUAUUAAGGAAAAAGAAGUUGCAUGAUUUAUUAGGAGACGAUACGAAAAUCCCCAGCAAGUUAUAA